AUGGAAGAAAUGGAAAAAGUGAGAAUGGACCUGCCAAAACAACUCGAGGACUGGUGUAGAUGGCUAGAGGAGAAAUUUAGAGCCAUGGAGAGCACCGACUACCAAUGUGGAGUUGACGCCAAAGAUUUAAGUUUGGUUCCUGAUUUAGUGCUCCCUCCUAAAUUCAAGAUGCCGGAGUUUGAAAAGUACAAUGGGACCAGUUGUCCUGAAGCUUAUAUAACUAUGUUCUGUCGAAGAAUGACGGGAUACGUCAGCAAUGAUCAACUGUUAAUCCAUUGCUUCCAAGACAGUUUGAUCGGGUCUGCAGCCAAGUGGUACAACCAGCUGAGUCGUGCUAAAAUUAGUUCAUGGAGAGACUUGGCGCAAGCUUUUAUGAAGCAAUAUAGCCAUGUGACGGACAUAACACCUGAUCGAAUUACAUUACAGAAUAUGGAAAAGAAACAAACGAGAGUUUCAGGCAAUACGCCCAAUGAUGGAGGGAGGUGGCAACGCAAGUCCAGCCACCCCUUUUGGAAAAAAGAGGUUACCAUGUUUUUUAUCAAUACGUUGAAGGCCCCAUUCAUCAACCACAUGUUGGAGAGUGCUACCAAGAGCUUCUCGGAUAUGGUAAUAUCCGGUGAAAUGAUUGAAAACGCGAUAAGGCGCGGUAAAAUAGACGCAGGGGAAAACUUCAAAAGACCAGCCCCAAGGAAAAAAGAGGGCGAAGUAAACAACGUAAGCACAUAUAGCAAGAGUCAUUCAAAACUGAUUACUGUUGGCCCUCCAAAAACGAUAACCACUGGUCACCAGGCCCCCUCAAGGCAGGAACCCAACACAAGGCCCAAUACAAUGACUAACACAGAGAGACUUCAAUUCACGCCCAUUCCAAUAACAUACGAGGAACUGUUUCAGAAGCUAAUUGAUGCACACAUAGUAUCUCCAUUUUAUCUAGAACCCAUGCAACCUCUAUACCCCAAAUGGUAUGACAUGAAUGCCCAAUGUGAAUACCAUGCAGGGAUACCAGGGCACUCAAUUGAGAACUGCACUGAGUUUAAAAAGGCGGUGGAAAGGUUCAUUAAGAUGGGGAUCGUGAAGUUUGACAACCCAUCAGGACCAAACGUAGCAGCGAGUCCAUUACCCAAUCAUUCUGAUAAAGGGGUAAACGCAAUAAUCGAAGGUAGGAGAAAGAGAAUCAAGGCCGACAUUACAGAGAUAAAAACCUCAUUGAGUUGGGUUUGGAGACAAAUGAUAGAAGGAGGUCUCAUCAAACAAGAUUCAAAGGAAAGGCCAGAAGGAACGAAGACAUACUGCGAGUUUCUUACUAAGGAGGACCAUGACAUUCAAAACUGCACUGAAUUCAGGGUCAUGGUACAAAAUCUGAUAAACAACAAAGAGGUGGAAUUUUAUGAAGAGAUCAAAGGACUAGAAGAAGGAGAAGUAUAUGCCUCGGAGGAAGGACCUAUGAGAGAGACUCAAAAUCGCCCAGUAGUGAUUAUUUCAAGGCCAAGAGGCACAGGAUCUGGAAUACAACUGGCGCCCAAGGUCAUAAUCCAAAAACCUGUAGCCUUUCCUUACAAGGAUAGCAAAAAGGUUCCUUAG